AUGGAGUUGGAGCUGCCACUGGCACCACGAUCGCUAUGGGAUUUUAUCAGCAUUUUGACACCUGUGAUUAAAUAUUAUGUGGCACUUUUGGUACUUUUCUUGGGAGCGCGUUGGUUUAAUCAGCAGCUGAACAACGAGGCGACAGCACAAGAAAAAGAGACGGAGAGACCCAUUUUGUCUCCAGAAUUGACCAUUGAAAGCUCUGAAGAAGAAGAGAUUAAAGAGCUUAUGACAGAUGGAAAUCGACUUGUUUCCUUGGACAUGCAAAAGAGUCAAAAGACAAAGAAUAGGACGAAGGAACUUUUUGAUGGUCUUCGGAAAGUGGAACAAGAAUUACGGGACAAAAAGGCCAAAGAAAACGACACGGAUGAUAGUGUGAGUUGGAAUGAACUUCAUUCUAGUAUGUUACGACGUUACCAGGACAAAUAUCCAGACCACGGCCCACGGAUGGCAAAUGCUGAGACGGACAAGUACAAUGAAGAAUUUAACGAGUUACUACGAAAGAACAACAUUGAUCCGAAUGAGCUCAAGAGUCAAAACAUUAACAAGACAAAGUAG